AAAACCAAGUGACAUGUGAUGGCUUUGUAAAUAGAUCUUUCGGAGUCCAAAUGUUGGAUCAAAAGAUGGCGUAGACCUUAGCUGUCCAAUGGAAAAUAUCCUAUAAAAACUCUGCUACUUUUGAGCACCCACAUGCCACUCUGAGAGUGAGGAUCAGCCUAAUUUUCUAGCUUCCCCGUUCCCACUCUCGUCCCCCUUUAAUUUGCCCUACUCAACUAUAUGUCUCUUUGUUCCUUCUGAUUUCUGUCUGGCUCAUCAACUGAGUUGUGUAUAAUUAUCUGGACUUUGGCUUCAUGGCUACUGGGAAAUAUUCCCGGGUAGAUGGGAGGAGGUCAUCAGGUUAUUGUUCAACAAUUAUUACAGUUGCACUUGUUGCAGUUUGUUUAGUUGGGGUAUGGGCGCUUAUGACUUCAUCAGUUUCCUCAGUUCAGAACUCAGACGUGCCAUCCGAGGAAACUACACAUGAGGUCAAGCAUACAGUUGAAGAGAGUGAUUCUAAGUCUUUUAAAGACAACUCUGAUAGUUUGCCAGACGAUGCGACAAAAGAAGAUAGCCCUGAGGAGAAAGUAGCAUCAGGCACCACUGACGAGGAAAAUUCAGCUGAGCAAAAGCCAGAUGAAAUUUCUUUGAGGGGAGAUUCUGACGAGAAGACUGAAUCCCAAGAGGAACAAAAAAAUCUGAGUGAAAAUGAUGGAAAUGAAAAAACUGAAGAUGGAGAAUCGAGUUCAGGGGAUGGAGAGAGAAAUUCAGAAACUGGAGAAGGAGAAAGCGGGGGAGGGAAUGAAAAAGAGCAAACUGAACUGGAGGAGAAACCAGGUGAAAAUAAAUCUGAGUUAGAUGAGGAUGAGAAGAACACAGAGGUAGGGGAGAGUUCAGAUGGAAUAAAGCAGGAUGAUGAAAAGGCUAGUGAAACGGAGGAAAAUCCAGAGUCUUCAGAGCAAAACAACAGGGAGACUAACAGUGAAAGUGAAGGAAGUGAUAAGGCUUCAGGUGAGCUUUUUCCUGCUGGUGCCCAAGCAGAGCUUUUAAAAGAAUCUAAUACUGAUAGUGGGUCGUGGUCAACUCAAGCAGUGGAGUCACAGAACGAGAAGAAAUCACAAGAGUCAUUGAUAUCUAACAAUCAAAAUGGCUCUGGGUGGAAACUGUGCAAUACCACUGCUGGGCCAGAUUACAUCCCCUGCCUCGACAACUGGCAGACUAUUAAAAAGCUUCACAGUACGAAACACUAUGAACAUCGAGAGAGGCACUGUCCUGAUGAAGCUCCUAGCUGUCUUGUUCCUCUGCCCGAAGGAUAUAAGCAGUCAAUUAAGUGGCCUAAAAGCAGGGAAAAGAUAUGGUACUACAACAUUCCCCACACCAAGCUUGCACAGGUAAAGGGGCACCAAAACUGGGUCAAAGUUACUGGUGAAUACCUUACUUUCCCUGGUGGUGGAACUCAGUUUAAACAUGGUGCUCUUCAUUACAUUGAUUUCAUUGAGAAUUUGCUUCCUGAUAUUGCAUGGGGAAACAGGACUCGUGUGAUAUUGGAUGUUGGGUGUGGUGUAGCCAGUUUUGGAGGUUAUCUUUUUGAAAAAGAUGUUCUUGCAAUGUCAUUUGCUCCCAAGGAUGAGCAUGAGGCCCAAGUUCAGUUUGCACUUGAACGUGGAAUUCCUGCCAUAUCAUCUGUUAUGGGAACCAAGAGGCUGCCUUUCCCUAGUUCUGUCUUUGACGUUGUCCACUGUGCACGUUGCAGGGUUCCUUGGCAUAUUGAAGGUGGCAAACUUCUCUUAGAACUGAAUCGCGUCUUGCGACCUGGUGGUUACUUUGUCUGGUCUGCUACUCCAGUUUACCAAAAGCUUCCAGAAGAUAUUGGCAUUUGGAAAGCAAUGUCUAAGCUAACAAAGUCAAUCUGCUGGAAACUGGUGGUGGUUGGAAAGGACCAACUGAAUGGUGUUGGUGCGGCAAUAUUUCAAAAGCCAACUUUCCAAAAGUGCUACAAGAAAAGGCCUCAAAAUGAGCCUCCACUUUGUGAAGAAUCCGACGAUUCUAAUGCUGCCUGGAAUGUACCACUUCAGGCAUGCAUGCAUAAAGUGCCAGAAGAUGCGUCAAAGCGAGGAGCUUCUUGGCCCGAGCAAUGGCCACUGCGGUUGGAGAGACCACCCUACUGGUUGAAUUCUCAAGUAGGAGUUUAUGGGAAAGCAGCUCCAGAAGAUUUUGCUGCUGACUACAAGCACUGGAAAAAUGUUGUUUCAGAAUCUUAUUUGAAUGGGAUGGGAAUCAGUUGGUCUUCCGUAAGGAAUGUCAUGGACAUGAGAGCUGUAUAUGGAGGGUUUGCUGCAGCACUGAAGGACAUGAAAGUAUGGGUCAUGAAUGUUGUUCCAAUUGAUUCACCUGACACACUUCCUAUAAUAUAUGAACGGGGCUUAUUUGGAAUAUAUCAUGAUUGGUGUGCAUCAUUCAGUACCUACCCCAGAACUUAUGAUCUUCUUCAUGCUGAUCAUCUCUUCUCCAGUCUCAAGAAAAGAUGCAAUUUAGUGCCUGUAAUUGCAGAAGUUGAUAGGAUUUUGAGGCCAGAAGGAAAGCUGAUCGUGAGGGACAAUGUUGAAACAAUCAGUGAGAUUGAGAGUGUGGCAAAAUCUCUGAAGUGGGAAAUCCGAAUGAUCUAUUCAAAAGAUAAGGAAGGGUUGCUUUGCGUUCAAAAGAAAUGGUGGCGUCCCACAGAGGCUGUAAUGAUACCAUCAGCCAUUAGUUAGAGAUGAUGUUUCGGUCAGUUUAACUGUCAAAAGUUGCCACACUGGUCGAAAUAGCGUGUUAGGUAUUCAUUCCAUUUCACAAGAAUUUCGAUAUAAUCAGUAAUGUAGCAAUUCCAUUUUGAAAUGUAAAAUUACAAUGGCUGAUUAUUCUUUUAGCCAUCUUAUUAAAGUAGCAUAGGAGGGUUUAUCAUAUCAUUAUGUUAGGAAAGUCAAAUGUACUCUUGAUUUGUUAACUCAUCAUCCCUGGAAAUGUAUACUAAAAGUGUUCCAAGAAUUUGUCA